GGGCUUACGAGUGUCAUUGGGGGAAUGACCGCAGCCUUUGCGGUUGCAGCUGCCACCGCGACCAUGGUCUCCGGCAGCAGCGGCUUGGUCGCUGCCCGCCUCCUGUGCCGCACUUUUCUGUUGCAACAGAAUGGAAUUCGGCAUUGUUCCUAUACAACUUCCCGGAAAUAUCUCCAUGUUGAUAAAAAUACAAAGGUUAUUUGUCAGGGUUUCACUGGUAAGCAGGGCACUUUUCAUAGCCAGCAGGCGUUGGAAUAUGGUACCAAACUCGUUGGAGGAACCACUCCAGGGAAGGGAGGCAAGAUGCAUCUGGGCUUGCCAGUCUUUAAUACUGUGAAGGAGGCCAAAGAGCAGACAGGUGCCACAGCGUCUGUCAUUUAUGUCCCUCCUCCUUUUGCUGCUGCCGCCAUUGAUGAAGCUAUUGAGGCAGAAAUGCCAUUGGUGGUGUGCAUUACUGAAGGUAUCCCACAGCAGGACAUGGUGCGGGUCAAGUACAAACUGACACGCCAGGGAAAGACGAGGCUGAUUGGCCCAAACUGCCCUGGAGUCAUCAAUCCUGGAGAAUGCAAAAUUGGCAUCAUGCCUGGCCAUAUUCAUAAGAAAGGAAGAAUUGGCAUUGUGUCCAGAUCGGGUACCUUGACUUACGAAGCUGUACACCAAACAACACAAGUUGGAUUGGGACAAUCUUUAUGUAUUGGCAUUGGAGGUGAUCCUUUUAAUGGAACAGAUUUUAUCGACUGCCUUGAGGUCUUUCUGAAUGACCCAGACACACACGGCAUCAUACUGAUUGGUGAAAUUGGUGGGGCUGCAGAAGAAAGUGCUGCAGAGUAUCUGAAGAAGAAUAACUCAGGCCCAAAUGCCAAGCCUGUAGUGUCCUUCAUUGCUGGUUUAACUGCUCCUCCUGGCAGAAGAAUGGGCCAUGCGGGGGCAAUCAUUGCUGGAGGAAAAGGUGGAGCUAAGGCAAAGAUCUCUGCCCUUCAGCAAGCGGGAGUUGUAGUCAGCAUGUCUCCUGCACAGCUGGGAACCACCAUCUACAAGGAAUUUGAAAAGAGGAAGAUGAUCUGAAAGAACAACAAAAAAAGUUCCUUAAAACUGUGGAAUAAAUGAUAGACUUGUAUACCAGAAGCAGUUUGUUUCUGUUGUCUACUGAUUGUCAGCCCCUGUGCCCAACACUGAUCUUUCAGUACAACGAGAAGCCAAACGAUCUAGAAAUUGAGCUAUUUUCAUCUAUUGUCUAACAGAGAUGGUCAAUAAAUUUAUUAUUUGAUUUGAA